GUCCAUGUCUACCGAUUAACCAAUGACUAUCGCCAUGACAUGGAAUGUCCAUUUGAUGCAGUUUUUUAAGGAUAUUCAAUUGAAGAAGAACACGACAAAAAGAUCGGGUCGAUGGGGACGCAAAAUUGUGUUGCUGAAAAUGUCACGUCUCUCAGUUGUCCCCUAUACUCAGAUGUGGAAUUUUGUUGUUCGACCAACUUUUGUCUUUAAGAAAAAACAGCAUCGGAUGGAAUCGGGAAACUUGUGGGGAUCAACGCAUGCAAUCAUAAUCAAUUCACACAAAAGUCUUGAUCCGCAAAAACAUGUGUUAAUAAUGAUUUCCAGAUUCAUCACAAAUGCAAGAUGGCAUCAACUUGGACAAUGUUGAAAUAUUUAGAAAAUAAAAAAAAAUGUUUUCCCGCAUGCCAGCCGAUGUGUAUUAAAUUGACAUUUGAUAAGGAUUCCAAAAACAGGUAUAUUUAAGUGGAGUCACCCGUGUUAUUGAAUAGAGAUCAGGUGAAGCAAUAGUGGCCUGUGCAUGGGAUACAACCCAACACCAAUCAUGAAACGAAUUCGAAGAAGCAAAAAGACAUCAAACAUUUUGCUGCACUUGUCGUUGCUCUGAGAUGCAUUCUGACAUUUCAGAUGACAUGGACACCAUAAAUUACGCACCCGAUUUUCAUCUUUAACUAAUGCUGUGAUUCGCAUCAUCAUCUCUGCAUAGAAUUUGAACGAAGUUCUAGGCACAAUCGAAUGUUAUCCAUACGGAAAUAGGGGGCGUGUUUACAUCAAGAAAAAGAGGCAAAUGUGAGUGGGUAUCAGAAGUGGGUUUCCUUUACGGAGGCGAACCAGUCAAAAGUAGUCGGGCCAGCCACCGACUCCGUCAGUCGAACGCAUCAACUCGUCCCAAGCGCGUCUGAAUAUUCCUUCAACUUGAACCACUGUUGUGCAGCCAUCUCGCCGUCAAAUCUAUCCGCCAGAGAUACACCUGAGUGUCACGUUGAUUCGACAACAUCGCCCACCUUUCAUCAUCCACCUUGUCACAGACAGCCCUGUGUAAAUUGAUUUACCCGCAGGUGGAUCGUCAUUAAAAAUAAGGUUUAGCAGCAGUCGUAGCAACAGACAUCCGGAAAUGCAAGAAUUAACACUUGCAUAUUCUUUCGUAUUUUGCCCUUGUCAAGGUGAUCGAGACCAACGAACGACCCGAAACAAUAGAAACAUGAACGGAGUGCGUUUCCUCUACGUCGUUCUCGGCCUGAUGAUGAUCGUGAAUGUUCAUCAGGUUCGUUCGGAUGGCGAAAUAUCCGAUGAAGAAAUUGACGACGAGUUGCUGAACGGUGCCUCGUCCUCUUCCGAAGAAGAUGAUAAUAACAAUAAGGGAAUUGAAUAUUAUUUAAACGCCGUGAAAGGUCUUCAUCAACAGCGAAAGCGGCAAGAAGCAGAGCCUUUGGUUGCCAGCCGUAAUAGCGCAUCAACUCCCAUCGCCGCACUUUAUCGCCGAAGUGCGCUAAACAAGAAUUUCAUCCGGUUCGGACGCAGCGGAAUGAUGAAGACUGCUAGCCGUCAAGUGCAGCCGACGCCGCCCGUCAGAUUGAUGGGGUUGAACGAAUCGGAUGGCAAGGAUGAAGAAGAGCAAUUGUCCCAUCCUGCCCGUCCUUCCCGCAGUUUGAGAUCCAAUUUCAUCCGUUUCGGUCGCAGUUUCUUUCCAUCGGCCGCCAGUCGAUCGGGCGCGACCAUUCGUCGUUCCGCUCGUGCUCCUAUUGCCCGUCGCCGCAUGAUGAGGCUUGUCGACCUCCCCACUUCUUUGUCUUCUUCACGUCGUUGAAACUAAACCUCCCCCCCUCCACCAAAAACAACAAAAUCCACUCGGAAAAACAAAAAGCAGCCCAUAAUUCCGAUUGAAUGUAUUUGACUUUUCCGUGCGCUAUUUUACGUUCUCUUUUCUAAUGUUGAAUGUGGCCAUCUUUUUUAAUCGAUGUUUUUCAUUCUUACGUCUAAUUGAUUUAAACUUUUUUUAAAAUUUUAAUUUGCACCAAAGGCACAACAUCCCCGCACCCUACAAACAUAUAUGGGUAUCAACUCACAAAUCGGGCACUGCAUCGACAGGAAUUGAAAAGUCAAUGGGUAUUACACGUAUAGAGGCUACCAAAAUGAAAUAAAUUUAAUUGGAUACUAUGAAAUUAGAUGAUUAUUUAAAUUCUGGACAAAGAAAAAAAUGUUUUUAUUUAUGUUGUAAUGUUUGUUUUUAAUGGCCGUGUUACAUUUCAGUUGAUAUAAAUAAACACCAAAAGAGGA